GAUGACGUGAAUCGAUGAAGUCUUGCUGUGUGUUUUCACCAUCUGUUUGUACAGGAACAAAGUGCUAUAAAGCAAACGUGACGGAAUAAACAGACGUGUCAGCUUUCGACUGGGUUUCCGAACCAUAGCGACUUUGAAGAGUGCUCUCCGGAGCAGGAGAUUUCCAUAUAAGGUUGACCAGCCAGGCAGAAAUAGCGAUUAUUUGCGGACUGGUUUACGUGAGGACUCGGAAUUCUGGGGGACCCUUAAAGGAGACUCGAAAGAGACUUUACUGUGCGCAGUAGUUCGGAGCGCGAGGAUGAAUGUGGGCACGGCGCACAGUGAAGUGAAUCCAAAUACGCGCGUGAUGAACAGCAGGGGCAUGUGGCUCUCCUAUGUGCUUGGGAUCGGCCUGCUGCACAUCAUAUUGCUCAGCAUACCCUUCGUCAGCGUACCUGUUGUUUGGAGUCUCACCAAUCUCAUCCACAACAUGUGCAUGUACAUCUUCCUGCACACGGUCAAAGGGACGCCAUUUGAAACCCCGGACCAAGGCAAGGCCCGGCUGCUGACCCACUGGGAACAGAUGGACUAUGGCGUCCAGUUCACCGCCUCACGGAAGUUUCUUACCAUCACACCUAUUAUACUGUAUUUCCUCACCAGUUUCUAUACGAAGUAUGACUGGGUCCACUUCCUCAUCAACACCAUUUCCCUGCUCACUGUUCUUAUCCCCAAACUGCCUCAGUUUCACGGGGUGCGUCUCUUUGGGAUUAAUAAAUACUGAUGAGGCCGCAGGACCAGAAGGGGUUCCAUUACCUGUUUUAUGUCCAGCUCGCUGGACGUCAGCGCUCUUUGAUCUUCGGCCCAAGAGGAUCCGUUGUGUAUGUGAGGUUGACACACAGAACCCUUUAAUGAAUUUCCGUGAGACUUUUAUGAGAGGGGAAGUGUGGGGUUUCAUUGGGUACUCUGGUGCUUUGAGCGGCCGAAUAAUCUGCUAUGUAUCACGUUUUACGAUGCUCUUUGUGUUACAUCUGGUAAAUAUACAAAUAGUUUUGUAACACCAGCUGAUUGCAGCAGACGCUAUUUUAUGUAGAUGGUCUCUGGAGAUGUUAGGACCACUGUUCUAUUGUGUUGAAAUCGAGAUAUUGCUAAAGCAGUGUUGCUUAUCAGCAUUGCGUAAAUCAUCGGACCUGAGCGCUUGCAGUCACUUGGCAGAGAUGCAUCGACUGUAAUGAAUCCAGUUGGUCCAGAUUUUCACGGUGUGCUGCUUUGUUGGACGAUUUGUAGCUACAAGAACAGUAAUUUCAGGUUGAGUGUGAAAAACAGCAACGGUAGCUUUAAUCAAGUAGUUGGACAUUAUGUCUUGCUAAGUAAGAUCUAUGCCAGCCCUGCAUUUGAAAUGCCUUAUCUAUAGACACAUUAUAGAUUUCAAACAAAUCCAGUGCAGUUUUAUGUAAUUUUUAUAUAUUUUUAAACAGAAUUAUACGCAUGUGGGGUGUUGUGCUACAUCUGUGAUGUUCAAGAGCUGCGGUAGUGUUUUAACCAACAUUUGUCUUUCGUGCAACAUGAGUGUUAAGUAACAAGAUGAACCUGUUAACUUGUCAACUAGACAUUGUGCUUGUGGUUAGCUCUGGCACGGUAUGUUCCAGUGCAAAGACCUUAACGUACUGUGCUGAGGAGGAGAACAUUUUGGUGAAGCAUCAAAAAAAUGUGAAUGGUGAGACGAUCAAGUGCUUUGAUGUUUACGGCCAAAUAGCAUGUCUCUUCAUUAGAGCAUCACUAUAGGGCAGGGGUCAGCAGCGACGUUGAAACGUUUGCUUAUAAUGCGGGGCCUCAGUACCAACACAUGAACAAUAAAAAAGCGAAUUCAGCUUCCCCUUUUUUGAAGGUGCCAUGCUUCGUCUCAUGGUGCCUUCUAAUAUUAUAUUCUUUGCAAAAAGCGACAACUUCGUUGCAGAUAAGAAAUCUAGGUUGGAUGCAUGCUUAGGUGUCUUUCAAUUCCUCUUUGUAUGCCCUAUUUUCGCUGUCAACUGUCCUCUUUUGACUCUUCGGUAUUGCCAUUUUCUUUUAACAUCUAGCUAGCUUAAAUGUUAACAUCACUCUGCACACAACCUAAUAGCGUACACACAGCAGGCAAAAAAUUACAAUUAUUUAACUAUUAUGUAAUUAUAUAUAUUUAUUUAAUAACUACAUUUUUAAAAGUAGGCUAUUGUAGUUGCAUUUAAUUUCUUAAAUUAUCCUUUGACUAUGUUCUGGCCCACCAUCUAGCGGCAAAUUAGUUUUUUUGACACGAUGCCAAACUUACAUGCCGACCCCUGCUAUAGGGACUAAUGUCAUGUCUGGAUAGUGGAUAAGCAGUCCCUGUUAAUAUGAUGUUUUGCAUUCUAGUACACGUGGAAUUAUUCAUAUUUUGUUCUGAUUUUUGUAGCAGAAAAUGUUUAGCUGUUUUUUUUUUAAUUGGGAAGUGUGAGGUGUUUGACUAACCUUGAUAUGCACUUUUACUGAGUUGAACGAUGUUCUUUGCCUUUGUGUAGCAUAACAUUUCAUCGUCUUGUUUUUUGUAACAGAUUAUUGUACAUAAGUGGUGUCAAAGCAGUACACGGUUCGAGCAUGAUGCUCUAUUUCGGCUUUUCUUCAAAGGUACAGAGGAGAAGUUAUUACAUAAUCGAGCAAAUUAAUUGAGGUCUGUAUUUCAGUAGAAAAUGUACAGCAUAUAGUUAGUAUUUGUAAAUUAUAUUAAUUAUUUCUGUAUAUUUUUCAUUUCAUGUGUCAUAAUUAUUGACAUUAUCAGUGUUUAAAAAAAUCAUUUUUUUACAAAAUAAUCGUAUUUUUAUUUAUUUUUGGAUUAAGGAGAAGUUUAGAUCCAGUGGCAUACCUGGCAUAUCUGAUCCAGGUAGUCCACAACUAAAAAGGUGCUUACACUGGUUUUUCACAUGUAUUGCACCAAAUAAGAAUUUGGUUCAUGAUUUGUAAUUUGUGAUAUUGAUUUGUUGUGAUUGAAGUGACUCAGUAAGUGACGAUUGACUAGGUGCGUGAUGUCAUGAUCUGGGAUAACGUCCACUCAUUGUUUCAUGUGAAACAGAGCAUGUACAGUAUACAAACCUUUAAUGACGUUUAAUGUUUUUGUUGAUGUGUACUGUUGUCACAUUUGGACACAGGGAUAUGUUUUUUUAGACAUGAUAAAAAUAUUACAAGUGCAGUAUUUCCAUUAAGGGAGAGGUUUAACAAAUCUAGAAGAAUUCACAAUCAUCUCGUCCCUUUGGUUUAAAUGAAAGUGAUUUUUGUCGGUACGCUCUUGUUGUUGCAUAAAUAAGAGAAUUCACAGGACUCUUGCAUCUGGGUCAGAGCCUGAUCUGAGUGGCCGAAGCACCAGUAUUGCAACGUGAUCCAGGGUCACGUUCUCUGGACUGUUACCCAAAGCCAGCAACUUUUUAAACAUUGACUGGGUGAAAGUCAGUCAGAAUCGGUGAGAGUGAAGCCUCAUGUAUCAGUCUGACUUCUCCAUUACUAGCUACAGCCUGUGUAAGCUGUCUAUCUGCCUGUCGACACGGCUCUACACACCUCCCCUCAGUGAGCAUAUCGAUACCCAUCGCGGGGCUUUUCCUUCCUCCGGCACACUCAUCUCGCUGUGGUUUACCUGAUCUUGUUCUGCGCGCAGAUGGUGCCUGGGCUUUGCUUUUAAUAUCGUAAACCGCAGUGUUGCUAGACCCUUUUCACACUGACUGCAAGACCAUGCAUUUACUUACGUGGUGACACGUAUUAGGCAUGUGUAACAUAUUAUAGACAGUAUUCAUGCAACUCAUGAAUAUAUGGGUGCACAUUUUUAUUUUUUUAUUUUUAGGGCUUUGUGAAGUAGCUUCUCACCUUUUGAAAGAUGUUUGUCCGCCUUGUUACAUGUUAUUCACACAUGGGUAGGUUGAGCACAAAACUAGCACUUCAUAUUCAGUCCAUCGUACUGAUGUUUUUAUGUUUAUAACAGUUAGAGGAAACUGUUUUCUCACCGUUACACAGAACUUGAAGAGACUUCUACAGAUUUAUAUUUAAUAUGUGAUGUGUAUUGCAUGAAGGACUAUAGUGCUAGGGACUCAAAGAUGACUGUUAUUUGAAACCUUUUUAGAGUAACCUGAAUAUUUAGCACUUUUAAAAAUUUAUUUUUAAUUUACCGAAAUAAACUUUUUUUACACAUUCUUUUUGUUAGACACACACAUAUACAUGCAAAUAUAUAUGUAUGAACAACUUAUAAAUCCAACUUGUGCUUGGGCUUGGAUGUGAUGCUGACAGGUGUUUGUGUGAAUAGCGAUUGAUAUCUUAUGCUUUACAAUGCACAGAAACAUGUUUGUCUGGCUUAACUGAAAGUUUGAUUUGUACUUGUAGGUGAACAAAUGUUUUUAACAAUAUGUUUGUGUGAUCUUUUAAAUAAAAGUUAUUCUAUAAGUGAA